AUGGCCGAUUCCCCGAGCCGCUCCGGCAGCCUCCGAGUCCGCCGAACCCGCGGCGGGCCCUCGCGAAAUUCCUCCGCCCGCUCCUCGGCCGCAUGGGAGGACUACUCCUACCUCCACCCCAUCAAUUACCAACAGCAACAGCAGCACCACAGCCUACGCUCCCCCUCGUCGCGCUUCUCCCUCAACGAGCAGUUCGCCGCCACGCGCCAAGAGUACGAGUUCGGCGAUGACGACGCCUCAUCCAUUGUUGAGCGCAUGACCCUCGCCUCCGACCUCGGCGACGACAGCACCACCGCCGUGAAUACGGAUCUUGGAGGCGCUAGUCCGCCCGACGGCGUCGAUGGGGACUACUACGACCUGCUGUGCCUGGCCAAAGACCCGUCCCUGACACCGGACCAGAUCCGGAGGGCAUACCACCGCUUGGUGCUGUACUUGCACAAGGACGGCCUCCCCGAGAGCCUGCACGGUGUCGCGCAGCCGCACUUCAAUCAGGUGCAGAGGGGUUUCGAGACGCUGAUCGACCCCUACCGGCGAGCGCUUUACGAUGCGGCCCAAUCGAGGGAGUUGACGGAUGCGCCAUACAUACCCCCGGACGAGGAUUAUCGACAUACAUAUGAUUCAUCGCUGAAGGAGCAGUUGAGGCAACGGGCGGCUGAUGUGGUACAGACAACAUCGGAUCUGGGCAUCCGAUUCGAUGCCUCGAAAGCGGUCCGGCAGGGCUCCACCGUGACACCCUUGGACUUCACACUGAGCCAUUCCGUGACGGUAGGGCUUCCGGCGCUUAGCCGGAUGGUUGAGAGGACAGCGUUGUCGACGAGUCGGCGUGCUGCAUCCGCAUCGAUGCGCGUACCGUCUAUUGCGGUCGGUGGAAGCGCAGCUGGCGAUGUUGAACGGUCGCCGGAACCCGUGCUCUACUUGCCCCCAGCACAGGUGACAUUGACCGGCUCUGUCUACGGAAUCGUCGAGGAAAUAUACAGGGUCCCUCUUCCAUUGCUGGCCGAUCGCUAUCAACCCUUGUUACCCUUGACCAUACCCCGCAAGCGAAUCAUCCAGCUUGCCGAGCAGCGUCCGUGUCCCCUGAUCAGUCUCAGAUUCCGACAGGACAUCAUCCGGCGGACGGCCCAAGACCGCAUCGCCAAGACGGCAAUCGAAGUAGAGAGCGAGGCGCUGCCUGAACCUUCACUAACGGCCAGAGUGUCGCACCCGAUCCAUCUGCCAAAUGACCCGAAUCCGAUCCUGCUGGAGGGAAGCGUGCGGUCCGGAAAGCCAUGGGCGCAGGAGCCUCCUCGAAUCGGCUUCGGCAUCCACCGCUGGAUGGGGGCCGGCACCGCGUACGCGAUCGCCGACAGCGGCGAUUGGAGCGUAUGGCCUGGUGAGGCGAUCAAGUUCCUCGGGGACUUUACGCAAGUGAGCAAGGACCAGCUGCUCACCGAGUUUCCCGUGAGAACGUCGGCAAGCUUCGAGAUGGGGUACACGACGUCGCCGGAGCGGAUGCCGUCGACGGGCCACGACGACUCCCCCAGGGGGGAGUGUGGCAUCCGCGGGCUGGACCGUGAAAGCAGCAACGGUGACGGCGGCUCGUGGACGGUCUCGGCAUCGUUGACGGCCAAUACGGUGGCCGGGUACCUCAGGUACGGCCGUGACCUGCUGCUCCCCGGUCCCAGCCCCGCCAGGCUCGAACUGGAGCUGUGCUCCAACACGCUCCUCGACGGAUACGUCGCCGUUCGCAACCUCUGGGCCGUCAGCCGUUUCUCCAAGCUGGGUCUCGAGCUCGGCGCCAGCCCGCACAGCCUGCACCUCUCCUUGUACUGGUCGCGUCUCGGCCAGCGCCUCAGCGUCCCCGUCCUUCUCUCCCCGCACGCCGAACACAGUGGCGCCGCCAUCUUGUUCUGCUGCGCGGGCGUCGCGCCUCUCGUCGCCUUUGCCGCGCGGCACUUCCUGGCGAGACCGAGACGCACCCGCCCCACAGAGGUUGACCUGCAAGCCUAUGUCGCGCGAAAGCGCGCCGCGGCCGAUGAGGUCGCGUCCCUGCUCGCGGGGGCCGUUGAGGCCCGUCAGCGCGUCGAGCGUCAGCGCGGCGGCCUCGUCGUACUGAGCGCAAAGUUUGGCGUAAAGAACGAGGGCGGCGACGGCGGCGGCGGCGAUGGAGACAAUGACGACGGUGACGACUGGGCGGCCGAGGAGGUCGCGGACGUGACGCUCGCGGUGGCGGCACUGGUUGAGGAUGGGGGCCUUCGCAUCCCGGCCGGCGUGAGAAAGGGCUCGCUGUUGGGGUUCUGGGACCCGGCGCCGCUGCGGCGCAAGGCACUCCAUGUGCGGUAUCUCUGGCGGGGGAAAGAGGGCACGGUGGAGGUCAUGGGCCGGGAUGAGCUGGUUCUCCCGCCGCCGAGGAGGGAUGUAUCGUGA